AUGUAUAAUCCUUCUCAGCAGUCAGGUGCUUACAUUGAGCACCACCAUGGAAGGCAAUAUCGUUUGUACAACAUUCUCAUGCUACUGAUCAUGGCGGUGGGAUCACUAGCAUUUGGGUAUGCCAACGCAGUCAUUGCAACGGUUGCUGCACAGCCAUCAUUCAUUCUCACAUUUGACCUGGAUAAGCGUGCGAACGCCAAUGAGCUCAUAGGCUUGAUUAAUUCUUUGUAUUUCGCGGGAGGCUUUGCAGGCUGUCUGUCAUCGAGCUUUGGGUCGGACAGAUGGGGUCGUCGUUGGGGAAUCGCGAUUCCGACCCUGAUCACGAUUCUUGCAGCUGCUCUUAUGGCUGGAUCGGUCAAUAUUGGCAUGUUCAUUUUUUUUCGCUUUGCAUCUGGCUUUGGUGGUUUUAUGCUGCUUGCAGCUAUCCCUGUCUGGAUGAGCGAGGUAGCUCCGCCCAGCAUCCGCGGAGCUCUAGUCUCAGUUCACAAUCUUGCGCUAUUGAUAGGAUACAGCGUCGCGACUUGGACUGGAUAUGGUCUCUACCACCAUGACAGCAUGAUAGUAUGGAGGAUGCAGUUUGUCAUCCUCUGCGUACUCGCGGGACUCCUAUUACCGCUCUUGACGGUGGUACCCGAGUCUCCACGUUGGUUGUUACUGAGAGAUCGUAUUCAAGAAGCCGAGAAAGUGCUUCACCGCCUCCAUCCAGCUGAAGAAGCUCGCAUUGAGCUCCGCCAGAUCCAGCGCCAAUUCGAGAUCGACCGACAAUUAGAAAGCUCAUGGGUUUCCAUGCUCAUCAAACCAUCAUAUCGCAAACGCUGUCUUAUGGGGUUCGGGCUCACUGUAGCGAUUCAGCUGACAGGACCACUCGUUAUCAACAACUAUGGUCCCACAGUAUAUGCGUUGCUGGGAUAUGGCGUGGAAAAACAGCUACUUUACCUUUCAGGCUGGGUCACAACAUCAAUUGCAGGCAGUAUAUGCUCUUUAUACCUGAUUCAAGUGGUUACUCGGCCAGUCCUGUUCAGUGGCGGUAUGAUUGCAUCGGUCGCAUGUCUCAGUGCCGAGGCUGGCUUGGUGGCAAGGUACGCAAGUACCCCGGAGGCUCUUGCCAAUCCAAACAAGUCAGCCCUGAGAGCUGCGGUGGCCAUGUUCUACAUUUUCAUAUUUGUCCUAGAAUGCAGUCUCGGAGGUGUCCAAUAUGUCUACUUGGGAGAGAUUUUUCCCACUCAUAUUCGCUCCAAAGGUAUGGCGAUUGGAACAUCAGGACUGGCUCUAAUGAAUGUGAUAUGGUUGCAAGUUGCACCACUCGCUUUCCAGGGAAUAGGAUGGAGAUUUUAUCUCUGCUUUAUCUGUCCAUCGACUUUUGCGGCUGUGGUUAUAUACUUCACCCUUCCAGACACGCGUGGUCUUCCUCUUGAGAGCGUUGGUGCACUAUUUGGAGAUGAGGUUCGGGGCGACGAGAGGAACCAAGAUGAGAUGAAUUUCCAUGAGGGUUUGUCUGAAAAACGCGGAGAAGGCCCGAUAGAGAAGAAUGGAAUCAUGGAAGGGGUUAUCACAACAGAUCACAUUGAGAAGACAAAGUAG